AAACAAUAGGUUAGAGCCCUAAAAUGAAUCUUUAACAGUUUUACUAUACUUCACAAGAACCCUGCAGUAAGUUUCAUUUCACUCUCAGAAGUUCUGAAUGUUGCAUAUGACGAAUAUGGGCAAGGAGGAGUUCUUGAGAAAAAUAGAAAAUCCGAGCUGAUGCAAUUCUUUAAGAUUUAGUAGUUCUCUCUUCAAACGAAUUUUCUAGCUGCAAAACAAACCAGUAGAAGCAACAUGGGCCCAGCCACUUACAACAUCUUCUUCAUUGUCUGUUAUAUUUUUGUGAGAACACGGAGUGGUGUACUUGGAGAACUGCUUCAGCCCAUAUUAGAAAUAGAUACAGAAGAUCCAAAUGACGUCAAUAUGAUUGGUAGCACGGCCUAUUUAAAUUGCACAAAUUCAUUAAAUGCACAAAAAUUCUAUUUGAGAAAAGAUGGAAAUAAGGAUGUAAUGAAUGAACAAGUCACUCCAGUGUUUACAAUGACAAACUUAAAUGCCAAAGACAGCGGACUCUAUACCUGCCAAUACAGCAGGAAUUCAGAAUUCUCCAAGCACAGCAAGCCUGUACACCUAUAUGUAAGCGACAGAUACCCCCCACCAACAAUCACUGCUGAACCGAAGAGCAUCGUCCAGCCGGGACAGAAUAUGAAUAUAAUAUGCUCUUCUCCAUAUCCAGACAUCAUUUUUACCCUUUUAAAGGGUUAUGCUCCAAUAGAAGAAAGUGAUAACAAUCCAUUCACCUAUGUUAUACGCGGUGCAAGUAAAGAGCAUGCUGGGCAGUAUUCUUGUAGGUACAGGAGGCUAAGCCUCCUGUCCGAUUUCAGCUCUCCACUGAUGAUUGAUGUUAAAGCUCUUCCCAAACCUUCCAUCACUUUGGAGGAGAUUCAAAAAGUAGAGCUGAAGAUCAGCUGCAUGGCACCCGAGAAAGAGAAGAAGAUGUGGUUUCAGCUAUUCAAUGAAAGCAAAGAUGUCAUACAUGAAAUAAAAGUUGUCAAUAAAAGUCAAGUAGAUUUUAUAGUACCGUACCCCAAUCAGUCUGACCCGAGAUAUUACUGUAUGUAUCGCAUUCGGAUGGGAAGUGACUUUGCAGAUUCCUUCUUCAGUGAUGCAGCCGUCAUAUGGAACGAGCCUUCAGGAACUCAAGACUAUACAAUAGAAAAUAUUUUUCGGCUCCUUCUGUCAGCAAUAAUCCUCAUUCUCUUAACUGUUAUUUUUGCGAAACAUUUCAAAAGUUCUGACGAAUGUAAAUCACGUCCUUCUGAACCAUCAGCCCCCCGGAAGAAACUGGCGGUUGACUCUGAAUAUACACAGCAGCUUAUGGAGGAGAAGAAGAAUGAUUCAGCGGAGAAAAGCUUGGUCCCGACUCCACCAACCACAACAGUGUCUGAUGUGAAAGAGAAAGUGAACGAGCAAGAGGAGCAGCAAACGUCCAUGUAGACGGAGAGGAUGCACAAUAAUUAUUCUAUGUAAUCGUAAAUGUAUUUACUAAGCAAUAACAGGAACGGAUUAGGGCUGGAUUAUCAAACAUCCUACCUUAAAGAGGUUCUCCCGGACUACGAAAACAUGGCUGCUUUCUCCCAAAAACAGCACCACACCUGUCCAUAGGUUGUGUUCGGUAGUACAGCAUCAACCCCAUUGACUUCAAAGGAUCUGAGCUGCAAUACCACACACGUUCUGUGGACAGGUGUGGUGCUGUUUGUGGGAGAAAGUAGCCAUUUUGUGUAGUCCUGGAGAACCCUUCUAAUGCACAUUUCUGCUUAUUUGUAGAGAAAACUGACCGCUGGGCAUUAGGGCAGUGGUUGAGGGCUUGUGGUAAGUGCUCCUCAAAUACAAUUCUUUAACCUAAACCUGGUUAUAGCAUUUGGUAAGAGGACCGUGACCUUUAAUACCUAGAUGCCCAGAUCACUAUCUUUCCAACCCAACUCCAGACCAUUGAUGAAAAUAAUUUCCUGUACUAAUAGAAAGUAUACUGUACUAACCAGAAGAAAUGUAUUCUUACCGCUACAAAAUAUCAUACUAUGCAUAUAUUUCCAUGACUUGGCUAGAGUAUAGGACAGUGGUGGCGAACCUAUGGCACGGAUGCCAGAGGUGGCACUCAGAGCCCUCUCUAUGGGCACCCGCACCCUGGAAAAAGUCUAUGAUGUACCAA